GGGCUGGGUUGCUUUUUUGCGGCCUGCUGCUUGCUAUUUUGACGUAGCAGCAAUCAGGGUAUGGCGGACGUCAAGCCAGGAAAGAGGAGUCCUCGUAGUCCCAGACAAGGGAAGAGAUACUCCAAACAUGUGCCACUGAGCAGAAGGAAGAGUCCUGAAAGCUCCAGGAGCAGGAGAGGAAAGAGAAGUGUUCCUCUCACUCCCUCCAAUGUGAUGAGAGAAGUGAGGGAGGUGGGGGAUUGGUGGGAGGAGGAGGGA